CUGAUACCCAAGGUACCUGAUACCUUCCCUUGACCUCAACACUGCCACGCACUACUUGCCUAUUGAUUGACUGCUUCACCUUGCUGCCUGACUUUCACUUUCUCUCAGUUCAGCCUUGAUUCUGCCUCACUGCGCCUUACCUUUUAUUUGUUUUCUCCUCCUCUACGUCUUUGACCUUACCAUGAUACCUUUCUAGAUCUCCCUCUCCAUCCACCAACGCCUGUCUCUUCAAUGGCAAUGGCAUCCUCCAUCUGCAUAACCGACCUCGAGGUAGAAAUCCUUGCCGACAUCUUCGAAAUAGUGAACGACGAAUCACCGCGGACUACACCAUCUGUCGCUCAAGUCAACAGAUAUUUCAACUCGGCAGUCCGGCUUGUUCGAUACCGCCGCGAGACACUGAAAUGGAGCGCAACUCUUGGACGGUUCGUUAACCAGUUCGAUCAAGCUCCAAAGGAUUUGUUCUCGCCAGAUCGUCUACGCGGUCUCCGCCAUCUCACCAUCGCCAAGGGAGGAUCCUUUGAAGGGCUCGCUUCGUCCGCUGCAACCGCCGGUUUGAAGGAGCUGCUGUCCGCCGUCACCAACCUCAAGUCUUUGACCUACAAGACCGGACGAUAUCCUCAACCAGCCAUCAUCAGCGUUCUGCAAGAGAAACAUCCACGGGCCGAUCUCAGAGUCUAUGACGUGGACAAGCCCCAAGCUCAUUACAAUCAACUUCCAAGUCCAGAGGCGAAGUAUCUAGCACACUCCUGUGUGAGCGCGUUUGCCAUGGAAGUGCCCUAUCGCCACGACUACAUCGACGGUGACCAUCGAGACUUCGAGCACAUCGUCUCGAAUGCUACGAAGCUGAAGUCCGCCUCAUUGACGUCUUUUGGGAUCCAGACGAAUCGCAUCUGGAACUGGACAGCUGUCCCAUUUCACGGAAAACCCAGCACUUCAUUGCGCCAGUUCUCUCUGGAUGGUUGGCCGGUAUCGGCUCAGACUCUCGAUUACUGGGCAAGAUAUGUCGAUCUGGCCGGUCUAGAGACCUUCGCAUGUACCAGAGGUCCGCUAUCUGCUUCCUACUUCGUCAUGGCAGCGGAUGUCCUGAGAAACCUGAAGCACGUCAGUCUGAACCUGAGUCCCUUCACAUGCACCAAGGAUACAGCGAAAGCAGCCGAGCAAUAUAUCGCCACAUGUCCUUCUCUGUCCACACUGAGCCUAUGGUCCUGGAUGGAGAAGGUAUCACUGUCGACCAUCCUACGGCAGCACGGACCCACUCUCGAAGAUCUACAGCUGCACAUGCGCGAGGAAGAAGUGCAGACGGAUUUCCGGACACUGACACUCAAUGAAAUCAUGCUCGUCCGGACCUCUUGCCCGAAGUUGAGGCGGUUCACCUUCGACUUGGAGCGGCAGUCCAAGGAUCUCAAGGUUGAAGACUACAGUGAGAUCCUCGACGAGAUCAAGCGAUUCAAUCUGGAAUCCUUGCAAAUCUAUUUCGACAGUGGCCUGUCAUAUAUGAUGAGCAGACAUUCGGACCAUCUUGAUCGUGAAGAGGAGGAGGACGACGACGACGACGCCUCGGACAACGAAGAUUCCGUGCCGAAUUGUUGUGGCGGUGGUCUGGACUCGAGCAGCAUGGAAUCUAUCGACACCUGUUUCGGGACGCAAGAGGGCCGGACCCUAACGUUAGCUCUACACCCACCGUCGUCGACAAAGAACAUCCAACGCUUCACACACGAGGUUUGGAAGCAUAUGUUUGGCGAGCGUACGACGGGCGCCCGGCAGCUCGAUCUCAAGUUUGGCGAGUGGGAGAGAAAAGUCGUGCCUGUGCCGUAUCGACCGGAUGGGCAGGUGCAACAGGAUUUGCGCGUCUGGUGCGUGGCCAAGCCUCAUGACCGCGACGAUCGGAAGGGUCAGUCUCAGGUGGUGUUGAAGUGUUGUCAAGGCAAGCAUUGGGAGAAAUCCACCACCGGUUGACUUUGACAUUCUGGACUGGCAGCAGGAAAUUCAUCACUGGUUGACCUUGACCUUGUUGACUUUGACCUUUUCCAAGCCGUGGGUGGGCCCUUCUGGGACAGACACAGACACAGACGGGAAUGGGCUGAAAGGCGGGAGUCGACGUCGAAGUCGGAGUUAAGAAAAUUGGAGACUGGUGACACAGGAUCGUGAUUUUCCAAGGCAUCGGCGCAAAGGAAUUGAGCGUUUAUUGGGAAUGGCAUCGGCGCAAAAGCAAAGGCGUUAGUGUUUAUUGGGAAAGGCAUCGGCGCAAAGGCAUGGGUUGUCUGUUUAGUGCGGAAACGCAAGGCAUGAAUCACCAUGAGCACUGGAGUCUUGCUAUCGCUAUCAACAGAUGAACAGGCGUUCUUUUCGGAAGCUGAGGAGAUCAACGACCGUUCGUCGAGCCUGGUGAAUGAUGUGAUGUGAUGUGAUUAAUGACCAAGAUACUCCAGACGUGCUCUCUCUACAACUGGGGGGCAUCGAGCAGAAUGCAUGAAAUGAUGAAAUCAAAUGCUGAAUUGA